AUGUGGAGAAGAGGACCUGACGGAGCUGGAACUUUGUGCAAUGCUUGCGGAGUAAAAUGGAAACAAGGAAAGAUUUUACAGGGACCAAAUGCUAGUCGAACUGCGGAGGGAGACGCAAAUAAUGCAGCAUCGAGUUCUAAAUCCCGAAAAUAUUCGUUAUCAGCAGUACCUUCAGCAAAAUCUAAAAAGAAGUCAGGUAGAUCACUUUCAAUGAGUGAAGGUGCGGGUGCGUUAACAUACAUUGGUAAUGAUGAUGGUCGUGAAAAGGUCUCAGAAACUUCAGGGGGGGGAUUUACAAACAGUGGUUCACAAAGGAUUGGGUUAGGCAAAAGAGCAUCUACAAAGAAAGCGAUUACAUCCACUGUUCUAGGUGAAUUUGCGGCGUCACCAGACGCUGAAUCUCCAGACAAUGUAACAAGUCCUUUACGUUCACCUUCGGUGAUUCCACCAUCAGGAUUACCAACACCACAAGUUACUGUAGUACCAACGACAUUAAUUCCAACAUCAUCACGUACCACAUCUAUAACGUCACAAGGAAUAGGAGUAGGAGGAUAUCCAAUUAAUUUAAAAUUGAAUUCGAUAUUAUUUGGUACUGGAGGAGGAAGUACAUAUUUUUCCCAACCAAAUUGUUCAGCUGAAGUUUUUGAAAAUUAUUUAAAAGUUAAAUUAACCAAAGAUGGAUAUGAAAAAACGGAA